CCAGCGGAUUUUUGCUAUACUAUAUGCUUAUGAAGCAAACUCGGAAUCGUGUUGCUGUAACUGCGGUGGCAAUCAUCAGACGAUUCAUUCGGAUUACUGUUCCACUGUUCUUCGUGAUCAUGUGCAUGUACUUGCUGCCACUCAUCGCAUCGGGUCCCAACUCUAAGGAAUUCUACACCAGAUUCUACGCCGAAGUUCGCAAGCACUGGUGGGACUUCCUGUUUCAGAUGCGAAAUUGGAGGGGGGACCAAGAUAUAACAACCUUGGUGCAGGUGUGGUACCUCUCCGCAGACUUUCAGUUCUUUCUGGUUUCAAUCGUCGUGAUCCAGACGUUUAAGACAAGGAAAUGGCUGGCCGCGGCGACGUUCGUACUGCUCUCCCUCGUGAGUUGCUCCAUCUCUGCGUGGCAGAUAUACGGCACCAACCUUAAACCCUUCGUUAUAGCCGUGGCUGAUACGUUCAGUACUGUCGCAGACACGCUGAACAACUACUACUUGCUUCCAUUCUACCACGGCGUCUGCUACUUCUCCGGGUGCAUCACCUUCAUUCUUGUACAGAAGUACGGCAAGACAAAGAUUUCUAAAAUAAUACAAGCUUCGCUUUGGUGUAUCUCCCUGUUCUGCGGCUUGUACUGCAUCUUCAUGAAAAUCGAAUUUUACCGAAGCACUCAGCCGAUGACAGAAACAAGACGUUUGUUCGUUGCAUUUACUGACCGCAUCCUCUGGUCCGUUUUCAUCGCCUGGUUCGUCUUCGCUUGCUCCACUGGCAGAGGAGGAUUUAUCAACCGGUUCUUGUCCUGGGAUGCGUUCGUGCCUCUGAGUCGGUUGUCAUUCGGCGUGUACCUCAUCCACUCACCCAUUUUUAUCCUGAUCUACUACAUCUCCAGGGAGCGCAUCUUCUUUUCACACUUCACGCUGGUGUCGCAGUGCUUCUACGUCGUGACUUGGAGCUACAUCUUGAGCUACUUCCUCUUUAUCUUCUGCGAAGGGCCAACGGGGCAGCUCGAGAAGAUGGCCUUCAUGCCCCAGCGACUAAAAGAAGGUUCGCGGUCAAACGAAGCUAAAGAUAGAGUACAGAACAACGGUGUCAGCAGCAUCGCCAAGAGCAUACCUGUCGACCUCGUCGAACAUAACACAUCGAAGAAAUACCUCAAUGGAGAUUCGCUAGAAGCAGGAGUAGGCUUCGUCGGAAGCGACAGUAAUGAGUGCUGUCGGUUAUAAUGGCGUCGGCGCCGAGCAUGCCCCCUUCAUCACUGUCUACACGGCACCACGUUUUGCUGAGGCGUUUGUGUACAGCCACUCUACCUCCGCCUACCGGGCCGUCUCAAGCCAUCUAGGAAAAAUGAAAGUGACGAAGGAACGUGUCCCCAUCCCAUUGUGCAUAUGGUGAACAGGGUGAAUACGCUGUGUAAAUAGUAUUACAACGCGCUUAGGCCUAUCAGGGGAGCCGUGACGAACGAAGAGAAAACGAUGGUUUCAUUGAGAUCUAUAGAUAGUAUACUCAGUCAUCUUAUUUGGUGCAUACAAGCGUCACUUCUGCAUGCUGCGUAUGUGCGAUA